AUGCCCAAAUCGAUCGAAAACACCACAGUUUUCCUUCCAAUGCAAACAACUAGCCACACCGCGACAGUGCCAGAUAUGAUACCAGAAGAACUGACACCUACAUAUAAGCGAGUACGUGUCCAAAACGCUAGUUUCUUCGCUGCACUUACGGCUUUACUUCUUUGCGAGCACACAUCUACCCCAUCAAUCACUUCUACGCGAGAAACCUUAAACACCUACUGGAAACAACCAUCGACAGACGCACAGCAAGCACGCAAUCUAUCACCAAACUAG